AUGGACCCAGAAACUGAUCGCGUUUUCCCCAGUGUCGGCGACCAGCAUCGUGGUGGACCCGCCACUAUCGGGAUGCCCAAUGCCCCAGGUGCCAUGAUGGCCAACCCUUUCGAGGAGCCCCAACGCAGAAUGAACGAAUACACCGCUCAACAGGUUGCUACGCUACAGGCUCGCCUUGACAAAAAACUUGGACCUGAAUUUAUUUCAUCCCGACCUGGUGCUGGUGGGGCGAAAGUGCACUAUCUCUCCGCGGAUAAGUGCAUUAGUCUUGCCAAUGAGGUGUUUGGAUUCAACGGCUGGUCCAGUUCGAUCCAGAAAAUUGACAUUGACUUUAUCGAGGAAAACCAAAACACAGGCAAGAUCAACCUCGGCUUAUCGGUCAUCGUUCGAGUCACAUUGAAAGACGGCAGCUUUCACGAAGACAUUGGCUACGGUCAUAUCGAGAAUUGCAAGGGCAAAGCGGCGGCAUUUGAAAAGGCCAAGAAAGAGGGUACAACUGAUGCAUUGAAGCGGUCAUUGAGAACUUUUGGCAACGUCCUUGGCAACUGUGUUUAUGAUAAGGACUAUCUUGCCAAGGUUAUCAAGGUGAAACCUGCACCGGGUAAAUGGGAUGUCGAUGAACUCCACCGCCAUCGUGACUAUGCCCCUGUCAAGAAGGAGGCCCCUCCUCCGAAACCGAUCACAGAGGAUGAUGAUCUGCCGCCACGGCGCCCUGCCGAGCCUACAAAAAGCAGCAAUCCUGAAAUCAACGCUAACUUCGAGGGGGAUGGCGAGUUCGGAAGUGAUGUCUUUGACGAAGCCGACUUUGUAGUGUCUGCUGCUGGCGGAAAUCCAGACGAAAUAAGCAUUGAGCCAGAACCUAGACGCCAGCAACCACCAACACCUAUGAACCGUCCCAUUCCCCACGAGGACCGCCUACAGGGCGGAAACCAAGCUGCUGCGAGACAAUCAUUACCACCGAACCUACAUCCCAACCCAGGCGCAGUGCCAGAUUCGAGGCGCCCGAUGCCUGGCCCCGGCCAAGUCAAUAAUAUGCCAAACACUAGGCCUGGAGCACCUCCUCAAGCACGCCCUCCUGCUGAUACCAACAUGCAAAAUACUACCGCCCCGCCCUACGUCAAGUGGGAAGACGCUCCUGGAUUUAAUAAUGAUCAUAAUCAGCCACCUGCUGGGUCCCAAUCCGUUGGAUUUUUCUCCGCAAGAGCAGCCGACUCACUACGUGACAACCCGAACGCUGUGCCAACACCAGGCAGUCAAUUUGACCCGCACGCCGAAAGUCCGUCUAUUCGCAAGACAGCAGGUGUCGACCACACAAAGAGCGUUCCCAUUUCCAGACCGAUGCUCUCGGCUCCCUCUCCAGCCCCAAACAAUUCACGUGAUUAUGUCAAUCCUGCAACAGACCUUCAACGGCGUGUCGGUGCUCCAGGCACACCUGGUGGUGGAGUUGGUAGCCCAUUGUCUCGAGGUCCAUCAACAUCCUCAUACCGGCCAUUGACCCGACCAAAUAUCGGGAACGCACCUAACCCUCCUGCCAUGAACAGAGGAAGUGUCCCUCCGCAAAACAAUCUCAAUGGGAAACGUCCUCCACUAAACGAUGUCACGAAUGCCACCACAUCGCCUGGUGCGAACCCUGUUCCUACGGCCAUGGGCCAAAAUGACCCCAAACGUCCCCGAGUGUCCGACGUUGCUCCUGGACCUCCCCAGCCACCUAACCCUCCGCAACAAUAA